AUGAAUGAAACAAUUGGUGUAACAACUGCAGUUAAAUUUAAUGCAAAAACAUCAAAUGCUCAUAUAAUUCAACAUGAAAUUGGACCAAGAAAUGAUUCAACUAAUAAUGAAAAUUCACAAAAUGAAUGUGAAAAUUCAUCAGUGCCUAGUUCAUUACAAGUUUAUUGUCAUAUGUUUAUGUUAUGCAUCUCAAUUUUAACAUAUUGCUCAGAUUUAGUGUUUGCAGCAUUAAUUGCUUACUUUUAUUUUACACAAGGAAGAGUUACAUUUUUUGUUUUAACAAUUGUUUUUAUUGCGGUACCAAUUUUAACGACAACUGCGUUUAGUAUGAGAUGGUAUUUAAUUGACGAAGAUAAUUACCAAGUAGCUCGACCAUCAAUUAUACGAUGGAUCAUUCGAAUUAUUUUAUUAUUAUUACAAAUGGUACAAAUUUUACGUUAUGGCGAGACAAUUUUUUAUAAUAUUAAAUUUCUUGUGUUACGGAAAACAAAUAACAAUGAAAAACAACAGCAUGUUUAUCGGAAAAUGUUGGAUGAAUAUUGUAACAGUGCUUUAUUACGAUUAUUUCAUUGUUUUUUACAUGCAGCUCCGCAAGCUGUUUUACAUCUACUCUUGUUAUUUCAACACUUAUGGACUACAGAAAAAACUGCAAAAUUAGGGAGAACAUUAAUAAUUUUACAAUGCGUGGGAUGUUUAAAUUGGAUCAUAUCGAUAGCAUGGGGCUUAACAGCAUACUAUCGAGCUGUUCGUGUUGUUCGUGAAGAUAAAGAGAAUUUAACCUGCUGUAAUACAUUUAUACUGUUUUUAUGGAAUUUAUUAAGUAUAGCUUCACGAUUACUAGCGUUAAGUAUUCUAGCGUCUGUAAUACCACCUUGGUUUGGUGCUGUUUGUGUAUUACAUUGGUUUGUGAUGGCUAGUUGGCUUGCAUUUGGGCACGUACAGACUACAGUGUGUACAAAUCGAUGUGAAGAGCUUAUAUUAAGUGCAAUGCUUGGAUACGCUUACAUAACAGCAUUUAUUGCAACGCGUGACGGUCCAACAAGAUAUUCAUACUUGGUAUAUUAUUUAGUAUGUUUAAUGGAGAAUACAGGAGCGUUAGUGGUUUGGUGUGUUGAAAAUUCUUCUGCCACAAACCCACGAUUGUAUUAUGGCGCUGUCGGUGCACAAUUAUCAACAUUUUUCCUUGGAUUAUUAUUUAUGCUCUUAUAUUACACAAAAUUACAUCCCUCCAGUAGCACUGUCUCAUUGAAACAUUGCAGCGAUUACGCAGUAGAUGAUGACGCGUUAAACAAACCUAGUUUUAGUAAAAAUUGACCAAAAAAAAUUUAUAUAUUUGAACCAAAGAAUAUGUAACUUUCUGCCCAUAAAAAGAAAUUGCCUUUUGAAUAUUUUUAUAUUUGUAUGUUGUAGUAGCGCGUACCUGAAUUUAAAAAAAAUAAUAAUACUUGCGAAAUUCUUUAUUGGAUCCUGGUGAUUGAUUAUACGAUUUGAAAGUCGUGUAAUAUUUGGAAUUUCGCAUGAAACAUGGUGAAGGGGGUGUGGUAACCUCAAAAUCAGCUUUUAAAAGCUAUAAAUGCGAAAUUAAAAGACUGGUUUCACAUUGGAGGCACAGUCACAGAGUUCGACCAUGUUUUUGGUGUAAUUGUCUAGAAAUGUAGACAUUGUCAGUGCAUCAAUUCGAUCAUAAAACUUAAUCGCCUUUUCCGCGAGUAUUCGAGAUUAGUUC